GCAUCAAGAUGACCGGUCGUGGUAAGGGAGGAAAGGGAUUGGGAAAGGGAGGCGCUAAGCGGCACAGGAAGGUACUUCGUGAUAACAUCCAGGGAAUUACGAAACCUGCCAUUCGGCGUCUGGCUCGUCGUGGUGGCGUCAAAAGAAUCUCUGGUCUUAUCUACGAGGAGACCCGCGGUGUACUUAAAGUUUUUCUUGAAAACGUCAUCCGCGAUGCGGUUACGUACACUGAGCACGCCAAGAGGAAGACUGUAACAGCCAUGGACGUGGUCUACGCUCUUAAACGUCAAGGCCGUACUCUCUACGGAUUCGGCGGUUAAAGAGGCCUAGUUCCCAGCUUCGAAACCAAAAACGGCCCUUUUCAGGGCCAACAACAUUUCUCUGAUGCAAAUCGAAUAU